UGGUGGAAUCGGCGCGAGACAUCACGGCAAGAAUCAAAGACCAGUUCGUAAAGAUGGCGCCGGCUAAGGUGGUGAACGAGGUGCGCACCCUGAUGAACGCCACCAGGUUUCACUUCUACGCGGACCCCGGCAGCGAGACUUACUCGCAGGCGGCCAAGAUCGACACGCCGUACACGCCGGAUAACUUUCUGCGCAACCUGGUGCUCUACGCGCGUAGCCCGAUCACCGACCGCGCAGUGUGGACGCCGUUCCAGCACGGCGACGCGUUGGAGGGCACGGUGCGCGUGGUGCACCACAAGCAGCUGCACGUGGUCAUGGCGCCCAUGUACCUGAUGGAGGACUUCUUCUACGGGGACGCCUUGGAGUCGAGCCUGAACGUGGCUACGCUCGGCGCGCACGUGGCCGAUGCGCUCCUGAACGCGGUGGACAGCACCGACGUGCGCGGAGCUCGUCAGUGGAAGGGAAAGGUGGAAGCCUGCCACCGAUCCAACGCCAAGCUUUUUGGCUGGGAGAGCGGAGCGGACGGUGAAGACGACUUCGACUACGGCGCUGCGAUGCGUCUGGCCGUCGCUUACAGGGCCGGCUUGGAGAACGACCAAACUUACGGCGAACGCAGCCGCUUCUUCUUCCAAAGAUUCGCGUUGACCCACUGCGCCACCAAUGCUUCGGCCGCGAGGAGGCUGAGCAUUGAAUACGCUGUGCGCUACAUGCCGGAGUUUGCCAAGACGUUCAGGUGCAAGCCGAGUGGCCUCACGCCGUGCAACAUGUGAAUCGGCUGCACGUUAUUUAUGGGGAAAUGAACUAGCGUAUCGCGAUUUCACCACAGAUGCCUGGUGUGUAGCUUUCUCGCCACUAUUUUUGAAUGGAAAACGUUCGUCGUAAUGCGAU